UUAUAAGAAGAAAAUGAAAAUACUUUAAUUCUUAAAAAUAAUUCGCAAAUUUUGGGAUGAUAACUUGUAUCCAAAUAUGUGUCAUCAUGAACUCAUUCUAUAUUUCUAAUAAUAUAUUCAUUAACCUCAAAUUAAAUAAACAAAGAAAUUCUUCUACUCCUUAUGUGUGUUUGUUUUUCUUUUUUUUUUUAGAAAUAUGUUUGAAGAGGAAAGUAGUAGGAAUAGUAACGAGAUAUUAAUUGAAGAAGUAUUGACAAACAUUUGGGAAAUUACAGUGAAAAUAAAGAGAGAAUUGGACGCAAUAAAUGAACUUGUAAAAGAAAAUGGAAAUUUCUGUUCAGCAGUCGUACAUACAAACCAGAGCUUAUUGAAAAUACUUGAAGGAAAAGGUAUAGAUUUAUCUGCAAUUGAAGAAGAAGAAGAAGAAGAAGAAGAGAAAGAAGAAGAAGAAAAAAACAAUGGUGAAAAUAGUAAUAGUUCAUACUUUGAGAGUGAAAAUGGAUCAAAUAUCGUACGUCCUCUUGAACCAGUUAUAAAUAGAUUUUCCAAAAUUCCCGAAAAGAGUUAAUAAUUAAUGUUAAUAAAUAAUU